UGCUGGGCUCAGUGUGAGGCUGGUGCCACACUUAUCCACUCCAGUGUUGUGUUCUGGAGGUGUAGGCUGCUGUAAUAACAGCCAGUGCACAGUGUUAGUGAAUGUCUGUCUGCCAGGCCGGAGAUGUCGGAGCAGAGGGGGAGGGGAGGGCAGUAGUCUGAGCGUAAGAAAAUGAGUUCAAAAGUCAGACACUGAGCCAGCAGUGGACAAGGGAAGAGCCAAUCAACCAGAGAGGAAGAGCCUCAGCAUCAAAAUGAGCCAAGACACUACAGAGACACGAACACGGACACGUUCCAAAGGCAUCCGGGUGUCACCAGAACUUGUAGGACAAGAGAUGAAGCAGGAGUUAAGCAGCAGCUGUCCUACCCCUGGAUGUGAUGGCAAAGGACACGUCAGUGGGAGAUACUCACGACAUAGAAGCAUACUGGGAUGCCCGAUUGUGAAGAAGAGGAAGCUGGAGGAGGCUGAGGCUGAGGAGAACCAGUCUGCUCCCAAGAGGAGGAACCAGCCUGUCAAACAAGCAGCAGACGACAGAUUUGCUGCAGACAGUGAUGCAGCAGAAGAAGAGGAGGAACAGAAAGAGGAGGAAGAGGAGGAUGAAGAGGAAGGCCUCAAAGAGAAGAAGAAAAACAAAACAAAAAGCAGGCCAGUGUUGAUACAAACAGACUGCUCACCGGUGACCACUGAAGACACAGAAGCAGCAGAUACAGCAGUUUGUCCUCUGGCUGAAGAUGACAAAAACGAAGGCGUCACCUCAGAGACUGAGAACAAAACUGGAAGUGAUAAAACUAGUGAGGAAGAGAAGCCGGUAACAGAACCCCAACUGACCAAUGAUCAUCAGCAGGAGGAAGCACAGGGCAAGGAGGAGGAGGAAGGUCAGUUGGUGGCAAAGGAUGAGCCAUUAGAUCAGCCUGAAGAAGAAACUGAGAGAAUUGAGCUUAAAGAGACAAAAGAAGAAGAGGAGGAAGAUGAAGCAGAGGAGGAGGAGGAAGAGCAGGAGGAAGAGCAGGAGGAAAGGCAAGAACACAAUGCAGAAGAGAGGGAAGGAGAAAGGAAAUUGAUAAGCCAGGAAAAUUCUGAUCACCAGUACUCUAGUGGAGAUUACAACCAUCAGGCCAAAGAAUCUGCAGAGGAGCUGAGCAAGAGGGAGGAGGAGGAAGAGGAGGAAGAAGAGGAGGAAGAGGAGAGGGUCCACCAAGAGGUUGAUACUCCUUACUCCUUGAGUCCACACACUCAGGGAUCUGAAGCUGAGGUGUCUCUCAGGGAGGAAAAAGUCACCACUCCUGUGACUGAGGAAGAGGAAGAGUACGAAGAGCAGGAGGAGAGAGAGGAGGAGGAUGACAACGAGAGGCAGGGGAAGGAAGCAGGUGAGGUGGUAGAGGAGGAGGAGGAGGAGGAAGAGGAGGAGGAGGAGGAGGAGGAGGAGGACCAAGACUCCAGCAAAGCCUCUCCAACUACAGUGGUGAUAGAAGUCUGCUCUGAGGAGGAUGAUGACGAAGAGGAGGAGGAGGAGGAAGAAGAAGAAGAGGAGGAAGAAGGAGAGGAGCUGGAUGUCUCAGAGGGAUCAGGAAUCACGGAUGACUCAGAGAACUGGGAUAUGACGCGGGGGAACCUGGGGCUGCUGGAGCAGGCCAUUGCCCUGAAGGCUGAGGAGGUACAGGGGGGUCAGGAGGCCCAGAGCUCCCCAGACUACCAACCAUACAGCAGCUCCAGCAAGAGCUCCGAGCCUGCUGCUGUGGCCCGCCGCACCACUCACUUCAGCAAAGAGAAGAGGGAAGUCAAAUGUCCAACCCCAGGGUGUGAUGGGACAGGUCAUGUGACUGGGCUGUACCCCCACCACCGCAGUCUAUCUGGAUGUCCUCACAAAGACAGAAUACCUCCAGAGAUCCUGGCCAUGCAUGAGAACGUCUUGAAGUGUCCGACCCCUGGCUGCACAGGCCAAGGCCAUGUCAACAGUAACCGCAACACACACCGCAGUCUGUCCGGCUGCCCCAUUGCAGCAGCAGCUAAGCUGAACAAGAACCAAGAUAAGCAGGUGCAUUUACAGGCUUCAGCAAGCGAACCCUCAUCCAACUCUGACAGAGUGCUCAGGCCCAUGUGUUUUGUGAAGCAGCUGGAGAUCCCUCAGUACGGUAGCUACCGGCCCAACACAGUGACCACCACGCCUCGAGCCAACCUGGCCAAGGAACUGGAGAAAUACUCCAAGGUGUCUUUUGACUAUGCAAGCUUUGAUGUCCAGGUGUUUGGAAAGCGUAUGCUUAUUCCAAAGACACCCAGCGCGACUGAAACGUCACCCAAAGCCUUCAAAUCUAAAUCCUUCCCCAAGGCCUCCUCCCCCAGUCACAGUGUGCCAGGAGGCUUUUCUAAGAGCGCUUCAUCCUCCAGUGGGUAUGACUAUAGCCAAGACGCUGAGGCAGCCCACAUGGCAGCAACAGCCAUCCUGAACCUGUCCACCCGCUGCUGGGAGAGACCUGAGACCCUCAGCACCAAGCCCAGGGAACCCUGCACCAAGGAGCUGGACAUCGAAGUGGACGAGAAUGGCACCUUGGACCUCAGCAUGAAGAAGACCAGGAGGGAGGGCAUGCAGUCUCCAGAGCCCUCAUCAUCCUCAUCCUCGUCCUCUCAACAUAUCGGAGCCACUUUGUCUCAGGGCCAGACUCAGCCAGAUUGGGAGGGGCCGCUGGACUUCACCACAUCAGGCAGAGUCAAGGAGGAGGACCAUGAUGAGGUGGAGUAUACAGCUCCCUCAUACACGUCAUCUGACGGUGAGGAGGAGGACCAGGAAAACCUGGAGGAUAGGAAGUACCCAGGUGAGGUCACCACCAGCAGCUUCAAGGUCAAGUUUCAGCCCAAAGACAGCAAAAAGGAGAUUCUUGUAUGUCCCACCCCAGGCUGUGAUGGUAGUGGACACAUCACUGGCAACUACGCAUCACAUCGCAGUCUGUCAGGCUGUCCUCUUGCUGAUAAAUCACUUCGGACCCUCAUGGCUGCCCACACAGCUGAACUAAAGUGUCCGACUCCAGGUUGUGAUGGAUCAGGCCACAUUACUGGAAACUACGCUUCACAUAGAAGUCUGUCUGGAUGCCCACGAGCAAAGAAGGGUGGGAUCAAAUCAACCCCCACCAAGGAUGACAAGGAAGACUCCGAGCUGUUAAGGUGUCCAGUUCCUGGCUGUGACAGUCUAGGCCACAUCAGUGGGAAGUACGCCACCCACCGCAGUGCCUACGGCUGUCCGCUGGCAGCACGCCGCCAGAAGGAGGGCCUUCUUAAUGGCACUCCCUUCUCCUGGAAGGCUUUCAAGACCGAGGGCCCGACCUGCCCAACGCCAGGCUGCGACGGCUCUGGUCAUGCAAACGGCAGUUUCCUGACACACCGCAGUUUGUCAGGUUGUCCCAGGGCAUCGGCUAACAAGAAGAGAGCCAAGUUCCCCGGAGAUGAGUACAUCACUGCCAAGUUCAGAGCCAGUGAUGUUCUGGACAACGAUGAGGACAUCAAGCAGCUCAACAAGGAGAUCAACGAGCUGAAUGAGUCCAAUUCAGAGAUGGAGGCCGACAUGAUGAAUCUGCACACUCAGAUCUCUUCCAUGGAGAAGAACUUGAAGAGCAUGGAGGAGGAGAAUAAGCAGAUCGAGGAGAAGAAUGAGGCCUUGUUCCUGGAGCUAUCUGGUCUGAGUCAGGCUCUGAUCCGCAGCCUGACCAACAUCCGCCUGCCUACUAUGCAGGAGCCGCUGUCAGAGCAUAACUUCGACAGUUAUGUGGAGACCCUGACCCACAUGUUUACCAAUAAAGACUGCUACCAGAACCCUGAAAACCGGGCCCUGCUCGAGUCCAUCAACCAGGCCGUGAAGGGCAUUGAAGUGUGAUGGACAGGAGGAGGACGGGGAGUGAGGCAUCACAGUGACUACACUCAAUCUUUCUUUCCAAACCCUUUAGAUACUGUAUGUAAUUAAUUCUUCUCAUUUGAAACUUUGUAAUCUGUUCUUUGCAUUUGUUUCCUGUUUGCAUGUUGCUUUAUGAUGGUGUGAGCGUGAACAGAUGAGGGUGUGGAUGUAACCUGUGUGGUAGCAUACUGGAAUAAAAUUGUUACUGUAAGUAUAGGCAUCUAAAGGUGUACACAGACGGCACAGAGAGAGAAGAACAAAGUCAAGAGUGCAGUAUACAGCCUGAGCUGAGCAGAUUCUCUUAGUUAGUGAACAUGUCCGAUCUCCACUCAAUGAUGUUAAUAGUAUUCAAUUUGACCAUAGUGAUGUUGCACCUACAGGACUAGUUUGUAGAUUAAUUCUAACUAUUGCUGUGUAACUAUUUAAGUCCUUUGCAAAUGUUGGUUUAAUAACAACUUAUUUAUUCAUGUCUGCUGUAUUAUUUAUAUUUGUUGGCUUACUUAUUCAUUAUCUAUUAACUUUUUUAUUUCAAAAUGCUACCUGAUAAGAUUUUAAAUGGUAACCAAAAGAAGGGAAUCAUUUCCUCUGCAUUGCUGAUCAAAGAGGAGAUAUUUUAAGAAAUCAACUAUGAAUUGUUUUAUAUAUCUUAUUAUUUAUUUAAAAUACUGGGAUCUUUUUAAGUGCAAAUAUUUUGUAACUGAAAGUUUUUAAAUAAUUUUCUAAAGAUGUUUCUUUUUUGGUGCUUUUGUUUAUAUGAUUUUCCUUUUUAUUUCUACAAACUAUUUUGAGUACAUUGCAAUACACGGGGAAUACUGAGCUGCACAUAUUUGGUAUUUAUUUGGUGAUGAAGAAAGUGAUAGUGAAUAUUUAUUUUAUAUUGUCUAUGUGUUAAUGAUGGUUGUGUAUGGAUUAGUCUUUAAGUUGCUCUUGAAAUAAAGGUUAACCCACAGUGA